AAUCUUUUUAUACUAAUUCAAGAGUCGCAUGUUUUUCUGCUGAGCGUUGACAUGAAUUGGACAAAAUGCCGCUCCCGAUCAUGAAGUAUCAUAAGUCGCUAUUUUUUGUGACAUCAUAUUUCGAAACCGCAUCUUCAUCCAGGAGCAUUAGAAACAGAACAGACUGUUGUUGUUGUUAUGGUUCGUUAUAUUUCACUGGGCUAUACCUUCUCAUGACGUAGGAAGUCUAACCGCUAAAACUGCUGUGAGUCCCACGCCGCAAAGCCCCGAAUUCAAACUCUGUCUUCAUCACAGUGCCAACCUCUUGAAAAAUUUGUGUCGUGAAUUUCAGAAUCUGUGACUUCAGAUUUGUGUGUGGCGACGCUUUUGCCGAGAGCUUGAAACGGAUGAGUAGGUUUAGUUUACUGGCCGUGGAGAACUCGUGAAUGAGGCCUGUUUGACAUGCAUGCGACAGCAAUAUCGAAAACGGGGUGCAAUUACUAUGAAAACGUCCAUGAGAGGUUCAAAAUCCACGGAAGAGGGAGAUUUCUGCAAAUAUUUUACCCCACCCGCGAGUUCUGUAGACAGGCCCUUGUCUCUCUCAUAUAAUUCAGGCGACCGGCCGGAUCUGACCAGAUACAGCGUCAGAAAAGGAAGCACCAGAAAUUUCAUGCAGAAAAAUCGUCAAGCUGUAAGCCGUAACCAUGGUGUUACCAAUAAUCUCAGUUCGUGUGGUAACUAUCCCCUGAAUACGUUUGGGGGAGGAACGGCGCCACCAAGGACCAAAAUUGGCCAGGUUCCCAAGAUUGGCGAUGCCCUCGGCACCCCCAGCAACAAAGGCUCAAGCUCCUUCAUGAGCGCCGGCCACAAUGGUGUGAGGGAUGCGACACUCAAGAGCGGGUACAUGAAGCGAGGUUUUUGACGCUCGAGGUUGCCGGUCUGUGUCAUAUGCCUUCGAAGUGGCUAUCGUAAAUGACAAGAUCAUAAUGGCUCCAUCAGUGCGGUUAUGGUGCCACGAAGUUCUCGAAAAUUAUUUUCACUGUUUGACAUUUCGAUGUCCUUACUCGUUGUGGAUUUGGUGAAGUACACCUUGAACCGUCAACCACUGAUACAACAGUGGUUCCCUCAAGGUUGUUACAGCCAUGACGUAUAGGGUGCUGAAAAGUAUAGAAUUGAAAGCAUUUCCCCGUCUGCAACCAAUCACCCUAGAUUUAUAUGUCUAGUGCUACUGUUUGGAUUCACCGGCUGCAUUCCAGAUCAUGGGACCAAAUCUCAGUCAAAGCUGAAGCAGAUGAGCGAGAGGAAAGUCAUUGGACUUUGUCACCAGCUGCACAUGAUUUACUAGAUGCUGCAAUUAAUCGCUCGUUUGAGGAAGUUGUCACAGAAUCGCAGAUCAAGGAGAUCAUUCACUUCUGGGUGUGAUUGUUUCAUGAGCUCAAGCAGCGGUUGAAUCAGUCACAACCAUUGAGAAUCUAAUUCUAAUAAGCAAAAUCUUAUUGCAUUACCUUCGGUCUGUGUAGAGUAGACGUGCCGCCACUGCACAGGCUUAAUGGCACAGGUGGUUCAAUUUAAUGGCACAUCGAUGGUCUGAUAACAAUCGUUAAGGUUAUGAAUAUAUCCUUGCCUCUCAAAGGCAUGGUUAAAGUAUCCAGUUAAGAAAUAA